UCAUCCCUAGUUGUGAGAACUGAAUGUGGACAAGUGACAGUGACACGUAUCAACAACAUUGACGAUCGACGAAUCCUUUCAAAUAAUUUUAUGAAUAAUUUAUGGAACUUUAAGAGUUUGAAAUAAGAUAAAAAUGGCACCUUCGACAGAUUGGGAUGAAAUAAAGCGUUUAGCUGCUGAUUUUCAAAAAGCUCAGUUAAGUACUUCAGCUCAACGAUUAUCGGAGAGAAACUGUAUUGAAAUCGUAUCAAAGUUAAUAGAACUCAAAUUGAUUGAUGUCAUUUUCACAACAGAUGGCAAAGAAUAUUUAACACCACAACAACUUAUCAGAGAAAUUAGAGAUGAAUUAUAUGUGCGUGGUGGUCGUGUUAACACUGUCGACUUGGCUAAGGAGUUAAAUGUAGAUCUCAAUCAAAUAAAUGUUAAUGUGGCUGAAAUUAUAAAAGGGAAAGAAGUCCAAUUGGUUUCAGGAUACUUAAUAGCACAUUAUUAUUUAGAAAAGAUUGCAAGGGAGAUAAAUGAAAAGUUGCAACUGCAGGGUCAAAUAACUGUAGGAGAUUUAACGUUGCAAUAUGACUUACCAGCGGAUCUAUUACAGCAUGGUGUAUUGGAAAGAUAUAUUGGUAAAAUUAUUAGUGCAAAGCAGGAUCCAUCUGAUCCAAGAAUUUUUUACACUGAAGAGUUUAUAAUGAGAACAAAAGCAAAAAUCCGUGGAGCUUUGAUGGGCUUACUUAAGCCUACACCUAUUAGUUUAAUCAUCAGCCAUUGUAACAUAGCAGAGCGAUUGUUUAUGUAUCUCUUUGAUCAGUUAAAUGCCCCUGGAGUCCUGACUGGACGACAAUCUGGGGCACAGUAUGUACCAUCCUGCUAUACGAAAUCUCAAAAUGAGUGGGUAAUCAAUUUCUAUAAACAGAAUAAUUACUUAGAAUAUGAUGCAUUAACUCGCUUAGGUAUAUCAGAUCCUAAGGGUUAUGUAAGAAGAGUCUUGUCUAAUGAAGAUAUGGAGUUCUUAAGUAGUUGUGUAAUCGGUUCACAAAUAAAGCAACAACUAGAGACAGCUUUAGAAGAAUGCAUGUCUUCAAAGAGCUACUUAGAUGUUGUGUCACUACUGCCAUCAGUGCUAUCAGAUGAAGAUAUAGACAAUGUGCUAGAAACACUGCUUAAGAAAAACACAAGAUCAACCAUUUUGUUUGAUAAAACAGUGUUCAGCAAUAGUUUCAUUGAAAAUCUGAAACAAGCUUGUAUGCCAAUUGCCCAGCUAAAUGCUGAGUCUGUUGUAAAAUCGGGCAAGUAUCAGCAAUUCUAUCUUGAAAAACAACUUCUCAGAUCUGAUAGCCAACAACAUGGUCAUGUGGACCAUAAAGCUGAAAGGCGUGAGGAACGCAGGAAGAAGGCUAGUUCUGGAAAAGGUGGUGGGGGUACACAAGGACGGGAAACUAAAACGAAAGCAGUGAAGAAACAUCAGAGAUCUAAACAAACUGCUCAUGACUCAGAUUCUGAUGAUGCAUCAAAUGCUACAAAAAAAACUCAAAGUAAUUUAGAAAUUGUCAGUGUUGAAGACAUUGAGAAUUGUAUAAAACAGCAAUUAGAAAAUGAAGGCCUUGAUGAUUUAUUGACACAAAUAGCUGAAUAUCUUCAGGGACAUCUAAAUCAAACUGCUCUGACGAUAGCAAAGGAACUUGCUGAAAAAUUACUUCAAGAUGCUAAUCAAAAUAGAAAACAAACUCAUUCUUCUGCACAAGAUCGUAUAAAUGUUCUUGUAAAUGAUAUCAAACUCUAUGAGAAAGGCUUAAAACUAUUUCCAAGUGAUCAACAGCCACAAUUUAUUAAAUAUUUACUAAAAUCAUUUGGGGGUGAUAUUUUAUCAGAAUUUUGCAAGUAUGCAGCAAACCAGUGUAAUCUUUCUGUACAAGUUGAUAUUUUGUCAGUGGAACAAAGGAAUAAAAUAAUAAAUGAUUUAUCUGAAGAGUACAUGAAACCACUAAGAGCUCUAAAUGUAACUUUAUCAGAUCAAAAUAUGGAGCCAUUUUAUCAAGCAGUGGAUGUUUGUUUAUCAGAAUGUGGCAUGAUUUUGAAAAAAAUUGAUAAAAAGAAGGAUAAACUUUUGGUUCAAAACCACAGAGAGAAACUUAUUUAUGAGUUAGAGAGUUGUGAGGAACCAGCUUUAGUUUUACAUUUAGUUGUACUUGCCCUGUUUACAAUACUCAAUCAAAAUAUGUUACAUGCUUCUGGAAGACAGGUUCCAAUUAUUAUAACAUAUUUAAAGACUCACCUAAAAGAAGAACAUUUUGAAAAACUCCAAAAGUACCAUGAAUUGGUGACUAAGUAUUUGACAGCUCAGGAUGAUGAAAAGGGAAUUAUUGAAGAAAAAUUAAAAGAAGACAUGUCUUUCCUAAAAAAUCUUGUUAUUGAAGUUAAGAAGUACUAAGAAAAUUUUAAAUGAAGAAUAUGUUUUGUUAUAUU